CAGGAAGGGUUCUUCUAUGGGUCAUGUGGAUAUGUUAAGCAGAUGUAUAGAAAAGGAAAUAUCCCCUCAUGUGGGAUGUAACAUGAUUUGCUCUGUAGAUUCGAAUCAACUCGAUGUCCAAAUUCAACUGACCCAAGCUAGAGAUCCUGUUAUUAAGGACUUAUGUAAACGUUUGGAAAAGGAAGAGAUAUGUGAUUUUGACCUAAUAGACGGUCUCUUAUUUAAGAAAGUGGGUGCAACCGUUUGUUUAUAUGUCCCAAAGGAAAUGGAAGAUAAUGUGAUAAGAAUGAUACAUGAGAAGCUUGGACACCUGGGGACAGAUAAAUGUUAUUAUAAGAUUAGAGAGAAUUUUUGGUUCCCAGACAUGCGCAAUAAGAUAGAUAGCUUCAUUAAGAAUUGUAUAAAAUGUAUCAUUUAUGCUGCUCCAGCUAGAAUAAACCAACAGAACAUGUACAGCAUUCCAAAGGUGGCGGAGCCAUUCGAUACGAUACACGUGGAUCACUUCGGACCACUUCCAUCAUUAAAAUCGAAAAGAAAACACAUUUUAGUGGUAGUUGAUUCUUUUACAAAAUUUGUUCGACUUUAUCCUGUAAAUUCGACGAGCACUAAGGAGGUUUGUUGUUCUCUCGAAAAGUAUUUUAGUUAUUACAGUAGACCAAGACGCCUAAUCUCGGACAGAGGAUCAUGUUUUACGUCAUUGGAGUUUUCUGAAUUCAUUUUGAAAAAUAAUAUUAAUCAUGUUAAGGUGGCGGUUGCCUCUCCACAAGCAAAUGGGCAGGUUGAGCGUGUAAAUCGUAUUAUUAAGUCCAUGUUGAGCAAAUUGAGUGACCCAAUAGAUCAUUCCGAUUGGUCAUUGAAAUUGUCCCAGGUGGAAUAUGCUAUCAAUAACUGUGUUCACAGUUCUACAAAGGAAACCCCAGCGAAGUUACUCUUUGGAACGAAUCAACGAGGGGUGGUGGUAGAUAAGCUGUCGGAAUAUCUAGAUAAGAAAAUUUGUAAUGAGGAGAAACUAAAUUUGAGGGAUAUGAGGGUUAAGGCAUUGAAUUCUAUACAGCGAUCUCAGAACUACAACGAAUUAUACUUUUCCAAACAUCAUGAACCGGCAAAACGUUACGAUGAGGGUGAUUAUGUUGUUAUUAUGAAUAUUGACAAUACAGUUGGGAAGAAUAAGAAAUUUUGUGAAAAAUAUCGUGGUCCCUACAUUAUUGAAAAAGUAUUAGAUAAUGAUCGCUACGUUGUGAGAGAUGUUGACAAUUGUCAACUGACACAGAUCCCAUAUAAGGGUAUAAUUGAAGCAAAGCGACUUCGGAAAUGGUUGACACCUAGGUUAUAGAUUUAUGUUAUUGGUCACACUUAUAUAAUAUACACAAUUUUUAUAUCAUGAUUGUGGGCAAUCAUAUUGUCAGGUUGGCCGAACUGUAAUAUGAUAACUUGUUAUACUCGUAUUUAUAAGAAACUUUUGAUGAAACUAAGUAGACUAGCUUGUUCCUUUAAUGUUGUUUGUUUGAAAAAUAUAAUAAAAAGAGUCAGUUUGUUGACAGAA